CAACUGCGGAAACCGGUCGUAUCUCCGCCAUUGUUCAAUUCUCGAAGAUACUCCAAGUAUAAACCCUCGACGGAAACGCAGAUACUAAGGAAUAUCCACCCUUUUGAGUUUUCAACCACACAAGUCCGAUUUAUAAAUCGGAGAAAAUUCAAUUCAGUUAAUGAAAGGGACGUUCGGUUCAGCUUAAGUCACGCAUAUGUCUUAACCGACACCACCGAAGCAAUUCAAAUAUUCCGAAAGUGAUAGCGAAUUUCCUCCUGAAGAUUUUGACAAUAAACGCACUCCCAGCUCAGGACUGAAAUUAACUAAACAUGGGGGACGAUUACCAGUUGCUUCUACUCUGUCUGUGCCUCUGGCGAGUUUUGAAAAACAAAAUUUCUGACUUGUUUUUAGCAACGGAACUGCCUGAAGCGGAGAAAUUCGACGAUGUUGUCAUCAAGUACAAACACGAAGACAGGAUGGUCCUUCGUUUCCUCCAUGCCAAGCACAGGGAAGAACCCCAUCCACCAGAUUCAAUUCAUAAAAUCACCCUUACAGACUUACUCACUCCAGAUGAAGGCAAGGAAUUUAGUUUGUUGAAAUAUUUCCGGUCAUUCAUGAAGAUCCUGGAAAAGCGUUCUCAAAAUCCAGUCCCCGCCUUUUUGGAGGGAGCAGACAUUCAGGAGUUCAUACUGUCAACAAACAUUGAUCUCGCUGAGGAAGUGGAACAAUAUUUUGAAGUGGAUAAGGAAGAUUCCUUAGAAGAAGACAAGGUAUUAAGAGUUCCAACUGGGCAAACCAGGAAACUCAAAAUAAAAGAAGCAGACAAUGAACUGACACGUGAACUGGAAAUUCUUUUCUACACCUCCUCCGACUUUGAUGAACUAGUCGAAAAACUCACCGAUUGCUUACUACUUCAACAAAGAUUCGACGGAACUUCACGGAUUUUCGAAGAAUACUAUUAUCCUCUCGUGAAACAUGUGCUCGAAUUCACAAGAGAACCAAAUCAGAUGGCUAAACUUUCAGAUGGUUUCAAAGGGGUUAACAGUGAACGCACAACCGAGGUGGAAGAAUUCAGGAAAGCACUUAUAAAAGAGGUAGCAUUCCGGAUGAUAUUGAGGGAGAUAAAUAAGUCAACUUCAACAGAAAACAGUGUGCAAAAUAGGUAUCCCCAAAGUGGCCAUAUAAAUGAUUCUCAACUAACUGAAGAAUUGAAAGCAUUCGUUGACCAAUCAAACACUGCAGUCUAUUCAGCCCUGCGUCGAGAUGAGACUUUGUUCUACCAAGUAGUUUACGAUAAGACUAUGGAAAUUCACGAUGAUUUCGUGAAUGGCACCAAAAAAUUGAGCCGGAAAGCUCAGUUAUUCCGAAAGAGGCUGAUUGAUGAAGUGAUGGAUCGAAAUAUGGCCGAAAUCGUGUUUAAUCAAGUAUCGGGUGAAACGUUCCCAGUCACUGAAGGAUAUCCUACUCGCUUUCAACCUAAAAGUAACCCUAAAAUCGAAGAUGAAUAUGCGUUUGCAACGGAGAUUGAGGAUUUGAUUGACAAGUGUACAGAUAACACUAUUGAAAUCACCGACGUGGUUGGAACUGAAGAGUUCAGGCGAAACAUCAUCGACCUAAUUGGCCACGCCAUAGUGAAAGUCUACACGUGGUUUGAGUUUAGUGCAAGCUUUAUUAGAAGUUACUCAUCAAUACAGCAUUUACGCAAUCUCCGGUUGGCACUGCAAUGCUGUUUGGACGACAAGUUCAACUCCAUCGAUGAAUAUAAACUGAAUAUCCAGUUGAAAGGUUUCACCAGUUGUGAAGAGACCACGCUACACAAAACUCUUCCCAGUCCAGUAACGAAGCAAUCUAUUGAGGACUUCUAUGAAAAUUUCCGUUUGAUUGUGAGCUAUCCGAAUCGAUACGGCCUUCGUGAACUGCUGGAGACUGAAGUGAAGGCUGAGAAUCAACAUUUGAACAGCAAAGCGUUUGUCGAUUCUUUUGUUCAAGAAAUUCAUCAAUGGAUGACGCACCGACUUGGACCUUUCUAUACUCCGAAAAAGGCUGAAGAACUAUUAAGACGAUUAGAUGAAAACCUACUCUGUUACGAGUUAGAUGGAAUUAAUCAGCCUUUCUUCCUGGCGUUGCCUACCAGAUAUCAGUUCAAAUGUGAGGACCUUAUGACAUUAGUUAAGGAUUUUCUUCAACAAACUGAGUCUAGUGUUCUGUUGCUUCGUGCUGAAAAUUUGACUCUAUGUCGCGUUCGAUUCAUGCAGGCGUUUUGGAAUCUGCUGCAGCAAAACCAGAACACAAAUGGUGAACUAUCGUUUUAUUUACGUCGAUUCGGUUAUCUUUUUAUAACAAUUGAGCAUUUCUUGGCUGAAUCGUUUCGCAAGAAGCUAAACAGAAGAAAUCAGGAUAAAGACCGGUGGAAUCUGACGGUGGUAGAAUGUUGGGCUGAAAACUUACCUGGAGCUGAGAAAUUUGAAUCAAUGCUGGAUUUGCUCUUCGAAAAUUCAGAAAGUUCGCGUUCGAUGGAGAGGAGAGUUAUUUUCAUUGUGAAGGAAGAUAUGUCACGGAAGCUAGAAUCAGCACUGGGUUCCUAUUUUACAAAACAAGGAAAUACACAUACAUUUGAGUUGAAGACAACUUUCAGUCAACUGGAAGCGCCUUCACAGGAUGAGCUGUUGAGGAGAGGGCAGGUCAAACUGCACGGCCACUGUUUCCAAUUAGGGGACAUAGUUAACCAGGACGCCGGAGAUCUAAUUGAUGAGACAACAUUCGCCAAGCUGAUUGCAGAAGGCGAAGGUGAUGCUCGUCUCGUUCGCAUCGGGAGCAUAAUUCAGAGUCCCGAUUUCUAUAUAAAGCGAUGUAUACGGCCUCCUAAUAUCGAAACUAAUAAUGACAGAAUAGAAACAUCUAUUUAUAUUUUUGAAAACCGAGAAAAAGUGGAAACCGAGGUGGCAAUAGCCGCUGAUUCAAGAGACAAGUUCAAUGAGAUCAAGGAAGUUUUUACGGAAAAUCGAAAAUAUUCUGCUCCGUAUUCGGUCCACUGGGUUCAAGAAAAAAAACCACGGCAUGACGAAAGAUGGAUAUGGUACGGUUCCAUCGAACCGGUUUCUAGGUUCGGCAGUUUGGAAUGGAAUCGCAUAACAUUUACCGACUUUAGAAAGGAAAAAAUGAUUAAAGAUAAAAAAAUGAUUACAGAUGAACAAUUCUUGGAGUAUGUGAAGGAUAACAAAAUUGUCAUUUUGCAUGGAGUACCAGGAAUGGGUAAAUCAAUGCUACUUCGAAACUUUUUCAUUCAGAUGACGAAUAAUUCUCAACUUCUCUGGAAAAUAUAUAUCAACCUGAACCUUUACACUAACUUUUUGGACAAAAGACAAAAUUUUUUCAAGGAAAACCAAAAUGAAGCCGGGGAUCGAGUCGAUACGGAGACGCCAUCGUCUAGGUGUAGCGAAUUUUUAUUUGAAUUACUUCAGUCUAACGAACACUCCAAGCUCAAAACACAAUUCGAGAUUAACCUCUUGCAUUCAGCGUUCAAAAGCGAAGCGAAUACGAAAAUGCGGCUGGUGUUAUUCAUGGAUGGAUUUGAUGAAAUCAGCCCCAAUUAUAUGGACAUUGUGUUGGGCUUCCUACUGUUAUCGAAGGCCUGUUCCGAUGCCCCUCAAAUAUUCAUCACUACACGGCCUAGCUAUCGUGAGUAUCUUAAGCAACAAUUACAAACCUUUAGUUUCGAGUUGCUUGGCCUGACUUGGACAGAGCAAAUAUCUUUGUACACAGAAGUAUCAGAGAAGUUGGAGAUGCAAAUAGAUGAAGAGGAAAAGCUAUUCUCGGUACUCGAAACCUGCGCAGAUUUGGAAUUCGACAGCCGCUGUGAAUUGUUCACUAGGGUUCCGCUUUGCAUGAUAAUACUCACAGAGGUAUUUAAUACAUUCAGAGAUGAAGAGCGAAUUAAAAAGGUCAUCAACGAUCGUGAUCUUUCUACACUUUAUGAGAUGUACUUUAAAAGGAAAUAUGAGUUAUAUCUGGAUGAAAAGAUGCGUCUCAAUCGGACGAAUCUAUCUCCUAUGGAAGAAUCCGAGUACACAUAUGAUGCUUUCCUAAAUAACCAUACGAAUUUGGCCCUUUGGGCGAUGUUUUCGCGGAAGGAUCUUAAGGGAAUUGUAAGUUCAUUCCAGGAAUUUGAGGGGGCCGUCUCUAGUCUUCUGGCAGACAUUGAGGCCGGCGAGUUUGAAUAUGGAAUCGUGCAUGGUGUUUCCGAUGGGAAACCCGAGUUCUUCCAUCACACAUUCGCCGGGUAUUUAGUAGCUCGGUUUUUCAUUUCCCAGAUUACAUCAAACAAUCAAUUGGAAUCAGGCUUCCUUGAGUUUUCCAAGUCAAUGUUGAUGGAAUCUUUUGGCGAUGUAAGAAGAUUUUGCGAUGGGAUGGUCAGAGAGAUAAGCUGGGAUCAUGAUCAUUUUGCAAAUGUAAGCCCGGGUUAUGUUGUAGAUGGUCUCAUUUGCUCCUACCGUGACAACUUUUGGGGAAUUUUUUCGUUUUUUGCAAAAAUUUUCAAAACUUACUGUCCCAAGGAUGUUUGCGCGGAAAACAUCGCGAAUUGGAGGGAUAUCCGCGACUAUUCGGAUGACGGGCAUUGCACUUGGCAAACGGCUUUUACCUAUCUACUUGGGAACUGUUACUACACUGAAAGCAAUUUCGUCCUUUAUCGUUUCUUGUUGAAGUGGAGACCCGAAAAUGUGCGCAGGAGUUUAACACCACCUGAAGACCCUGACAAAAUUCAGUGGCAAGUAGAAUACCGGCUCUUUUCUGCCAGCUACAAUUUCAAGCUUUACAUGAAUAACGCAUUGCACGAUGACGUGCAUAAACUCUUACCAACGUGGUUAAUACAGCAAGAAGGCUUCAAUAUCAGUGUCGACAUCCAGUAUCAUUGUAAAUGAACUCGAUUUCUAGAUCGUUCGUAGAAUAAUCACAGGACAAAAUGUAUUAUAAUAUUAUGCUUGAUAUAAACGUAAUGG